GUCCAUGCAUAUCCUACGGUCACGAAGAUUGUAGCGCGGGCGAGCAAUCGAUUAUUUGUCGGUGCUCCUCUCUGCCGCAACACUGAGUAUCUGGAUAUCAUGCGCGUGCACGCUGCCAAUGUCGACAAGGCCGCUACCAUCCUCACGCUCUGUCCGAAGUACCUGAAGCCCCUCGUCGCAAGCCUGUUCCCUUGGCAGCGACAGGCCACAAACCGGCUUCGUCCCUUUCUGAAGCCGAUCCUGGACGAGCGAACAUCCCUGCUCGAAGAACCCAAUGAUGCGUCUACGGAUAAGCCCGUGGAUCUGCUGAUGUGGAUGAUGGAAGAAGCACGCCGACUCUGCCACCCGAAUCAAGAAGACCUCCUCAUCCAUGCUGUGCUCGCAGCCAAUUUUGCCGCGAUCCACACCACGAGCGUUACGUUCACGCACGCGCUGUACCACCUCGCUGCGAAACCAGCGUACGCAGGUCCGCUACGCGAAGAGAUUGAACGCGUCGUGAGUGAAGAUGGGUGGACAAGGGCGGCCCUGGGACGGAUGUGGAGGCUGGAAAGCUUCCUUAAGGACUCGUGCUCAUUGCCAGUGGCCCCCAUCCGAUACACCCUACAAGACGUGCUGCUUUCAAACGGGACGCUGCUCCCGGAAGGUACACUCGUGACUGCCGUGAUGAGGUCCACCCAUCUCGAUGAAGCGAACUUCCCGGACGCCGCGACGUUCGACCCUACGCGCUUCUCGAGCAUGGGCGGAGAGGGCAGCAAGAACAGGCGGCACUACGUGGGCACGUCCCCGACGGACAUCGGGUUCGGCCAUGGGAGGCAUGCGUGCCCGGGACGCUUCUUCGCGGCGGACGAGUUGAAGAUUAUGCUUGCGUGCGUCGUGAUGCGGUAUGACGUGAAGUUCCGGGAAGAGGGCAAGAGGCCAGAUAAUGAGUGGUUCGCGUAUGUAUGCUACCCUGCGCAGGACGCUCAGGUGUUGUUCAGGAAGCGACGUGUGGCAUAGUGCUGGCCGAACGACGAGAGGUAGUAGUUAGUGCGA